GACUCAGGACACUUUUUCAAGUUUUUCGAAGUGGUCUGUACCGAACCGAAAAUGAUUCAGAGAAUUGCAACCAAUUCGAAACCUUUUUAGGUUCCGUACGAUGUACGAAACCCUUUUUUCGUUCAAAGUACCUUUUUUGGUUCGGUAUCGUACCGUUUUUUUUCAGUGUAGGAUGACUAAGUACGUAUAGGAAAGCACUAAGUAGCAGUAGAGUCAUUAAGUAGCUAUAGGAAUCUAUUAAGUAGCUGUAGCAUGAUAAAGUACGUAUAGAAAAGCAUUAAGUAGUUGUAAGAUGAUUAAGUAGCUAUAGGAAUCCAUUUAGUAGCUAUAGAAUCAUUAAGUAGCUAUAGGAAAACAUUAAGUAGCUAUAGAAUCAUUAAGUAGCUGUAGGAUGAUUAAGUAUGUAUAGGAAAACAUUAAGUAGUUGCAAGAUGAUUAAGUAGCUAUAGGAAUCCAUUAAGUCGCUGUAGGAAUCAUUAAGUAGCUGUGGGAUGAUUAAGUAGGUAUAGGAAAGCAUUAAGUAGCUGUAGAAGCAUUGACUAGCUAUAGAAAUCCAUUAAGUAGCUGUAGAAUCAUUAAGUAGCUAUAGGAAAUCAUUAAGUAGCUAUGCUUAACAAAAUACAGGAGAGUAUUAUUGAAAAGUAUCUCUUUUGAGAAUGAGCCGCUCAUAAGUCCUGUUAUCAAAGGGUUUACUAACUCUGACUUCGUUUGUUUAAAAUUAGUCGAAAUUCGGUUUUAUUGAAUCACAAUUUCAAUUAAUAGUAAACGGUAAUGAACAAAGGCAGCAACUUACCGUUACACUGACAAGUGAGAUAUUGAUGUCGGUAGGCAGUACAACUUCGAAAGUAAUAUUUUAAGUGAGAAUUUCAUUUUUCUUCCGUAUGGAUUCAUCGUGAAAAACGCUUUUGAGCCGUCACAACUUCCCACAGAUGAGAGGCGUUCUAGACAUAUUCUAACACUUUCUAAAAAUUACACUAUUGUUUUGUUUUCUUUAUAUGAAUGAUUAUCAUAGUCAAUUAACAAUGAAUGGGAUAAUGAUGGAUGUAGCAAAGUAAGCUCUAAUUUUUCAGCUGUACAGCAAGGCAAUAUACGUUUAUCAACCAAAACAUCCAAGACUUUAUCCAAUAAUGACAAACCUCCGUUAGCUACGUAUAAAUCUAAUCGAAGUCUUCUUAAAGUUCAUGAUCUUAAUUCAUCAACAACAACGACGACAAGAACAAUAAUAACCACGACGGCGACGACAACAACAACGACAACAACAACGACAACAACGGCGACAACAACAAUAACAACAACGACGACAACAACAAAAACGACAACAACAACAACGACGACAACAACAACAACAACAACUUCUACAAGCACUACGAAAGCUCCUAAAAAAAAAUUACAACAACAUGAAAAGAAAUUAAAAUUAGUUAAUUUAAAACGUUACGAAACAACAGAAAAAAAUUAA